AUGAAUCAUACUUAUUUGAAAUGUUUAGUCAGUAUCCCAAAUAAUGCUGGAUGUUCAGUUGCAGGACCAGCACUGCCUCCAGGCUAUAAAAGCUGCUGUAGCUCGGAAACUCCUGACAGUGAUGAUGACUCAGAAUCUCUUCCUCUACCCAGAGGUGCAAACAGAGAUUCUGAAGAGGAGACAGAAGGAGAUCCAGCACCCAAAAAGCCAAAAAGGAUUGGGGAAGACGAUGAUGAUGAUGAUGGCUUUUUUGGGCCUGCUCUUCCUCCUGGAUUUAAAAAACAGGAUGAUUCUCCAGAGAGGCCCAUUAUAGGUCCUGCAUUACCGCCUGGCUUUAGGAGACCUUCACAGGACACUGGGAGUAGCAGAUGUUCCAUAGGACCGUCUGUUUCAUCAGAAUUCUGUACCCAGGUAACGGAUAGUAGUGAGGAAGACGACAAUAUCAUAGGCCCCAUGCCUGCCAAAGGACCAGUGGAGUCUGAUGUGACUAAAGAAUUUGAACGCAGAGCUCAGAGAAUGAAGGAAAAACUUACUUCAGCAGACAGCGAUGAACCCAAGCAAGUUACCAGGGAAUCAUGGAUGACAGAGCUUCCACCUGAAUUGAAAAGCUUUGGAUUUGGCCCAAGAACAUUCAAGAGAAGAGCUGAUGACAAAUCAGGCGAUAGAUCUAUUUGGACAGAUACCCCAGCUGACAGAGAGAGAAAAGCCAAGGAAAGAGAAGAGGCAAAAAAGUCAACCAGUAAGGAUAAUGAAGAAAUUGUAUUAUCUGGGAGAGACAAGAGACUUGUUGAGCAAGUGACUUCGUACAAUGAGUCAAAGAGGUCAGAAUCUCUCAUGGACAUACAUCAGAAAAAGCUAAAGAGCAAAGCAUCUGAAGAAAAGAACAAACCUCAAGAAAGAAGGCCAUUUGACCGAGACCAGGAUCUCAAAGUCAAUCGAUUUGACGAAGCGCAAAAGAAAGCUCUUAUAAGAAAAUCCAGAGAUCUGAAUACUAAAUUUGAGCACAGUAAAAGCAAUAUGUUUUUAUAACAUAAAAGCAUGAAGCUUUUUUGAAGUGAAGCCAAACUUUGAAUACUUAAUUUUUUAAGUGUUUUUCUGUAAAUAUUUGUAUGCAAAAUAAAUAUUCUGAUGUUUAACUA